GCCAAAAGACACCUCUUUCUCUCUCUUGUCUUCUCUCUCUCUCUCUGCUUUUGAAUCUUCUCCGAUCAAAAGCAUCACUGGACAUGGAUGGCUUCACUCUUCUGCAUUUCUAGCAAUUCGACUAAUUAGAAGAAUUGACCAAGUAAUGGAAAGUGACAAGUUAAACAAUGGGGAGAACACACCUGCCUCAAAUUUUCUUGUGCAAGAGAACGAUGAAUUUGCUUUCACCAAUAGGCAGAAUGCUGCUGCUGACUGCACUGGGAUUUUUCAUAAUGGUAGCAUUGCUAGAGAUGAUCCUAUGUCCUUCCCAUACGCACCAUUUCCAGUUGCUCCUUUUCCUUGGAAACACAUUCAUGGGACACAUCAACCUUACGCACAUAGCAUUCCUGAGACCUGUGGAAAUUUGAUGGUUGAUCUCAAUCAGCUCCAUAACUUGCAAAAUCCCCUGAUUGACCUGAAUUCCAUGAAUGUCAGUAGUUACAGACCCAGCCUAUAUAGGCAAGAUUUACCUUUUCCCGAAGGUCAUGUGAAGGGGGUAUCAAACUUUCACGAUAAAAUUGGGGCUGCUGAUACCAUGCUGAAUGGUUCACCCUAUUUUAAUAGCCUCAACAACCCUGAGAUUAAUUUCACGCUGAUUGGAGGUAAUGCUGGUGGAGGUUAUGAAAUGACUGGGCACAGUAGAGAAGCAGAUGGUAGUCAUAUGCAUAGGCCACAGAUGAAGAAUUUUGUUGGCUUAGGAGGUAGCAAAACUACAUUGUCCCAUCCCCAGAAUAGUGGAGAAAUGAAUAUUGAUCACCAUGACCAGGUCAAUGCAGCUCGAUUUGGUUGUCCAAAAAGAAUUGAUGGGAGUUUUCUUUCUCUUGGUAUUGGAGGUAAGACAGAUGCCAAAUCUAAAUUUGAUCUCAACAGCAGAGAGAUUACUGGUAAUUUAGAUGGAGCUUUUUCUCCCCAGUUAAAUACUUCCCAUGUUCGACAAGCCACUGGAAUCUCCUUGAAUCCAGGUCACAACUUUGUUGGUGGGUUUUCAAGCUUUCAAAAUAAUAUUGGUGGAUUCCCAAAUCUGGGGUAUAAUGCGGGAGGCUGGACCCCAUCUAACAAUAAUGUUGGAGUUGUGUGUGAUACUACUACUGAUCUAAAUUCAAGCCCAUUCCAUAUUUUGCAAAGACCACAAGCUGAUAUGCAACUUGGUGUUCCUCAAUUGAGUAACAGGAACGUAGAUUUUGUAGGUAACAGAGAUUCAAGACAUGCUACUUCAGAUCCUUAUAAAGGUUUCAUAGGUGAGCUGGCCGCAUCUUCAGGACCAUUUAGCAGCUGCUCAGCUGGGUGGCUUGAUUCUGGGCAAACUUGGAAAUCUGGGUUAGUAUCGGAAUCUGAAAAGUUUACCUGGACCACCACUCAACCAACUUCUGACCAACUACAUAAACGGUUUAUGGAAACAGCUGUGCCAACAGAGUCUUCUGUGGUUUCUCCUUCUGUUGGGUUCAAAGGAAGCUCCAUCAGGAAAGAACAUUCAGGGCAUUUAUUUUCAGCUCUGAAGGAUAGUGCAGCUCAAGCUGUUGAUGAAAGUGCUCAACUUCUUAAGAGGAAGCGUGUUCAACCAACCGGGCAGCGAUAUUCUGCUAAUGCUGGUAGUUCCCGCUAUGCUGCCGGGGGUGGUCUGUUUCCCAAGAGGGUAGGUGUUCAAUUUGCUAAGGAUAGUGCUGCUCAAGCUGCUGGAAGUGGCCUUUUUCCCCAGAGGCUAGGAGUUCAAGUUCAUGAGCAUUCUGCUACUCAAGCUGUUGGAGAUGGCCUGUUUCCCAACAUUACGGGCACUCGAGUUGAUGACAGUCGUGUUGUUUAUGCUGCUGAACAUGGAUUGUAUCCCAAGGAGAUAGGGUUUCAGACAGCAAGGCGGCCCGAACUGUUUUCUACAGAUCUUCGUGGUCCCCACUUUACUACUGGCGUCUCUCAAGGUCUGCCUGCUCAUUAUUCCAAUGAUAUUGUUCGACCGACUUCUACUACAGGUCAAGUAAUUUCGACUGCAAAAGGUUAUGGCCUCUCUCAGGCUUCCGAUGUUCUUCGUAGACCAUCUCUUAAAAGGGGGGGAAUUCUACCCCCUCCAACUGCUCCCCGGAUUCAACGCAGGAAGAUAUCACUUCAACCUCCCAUUCAUCCAUCUGUGCCAUCCCCAUCACGGACUGCUCCUGCUGGUGCUAUCCCUAUUCCUCCUCCUCCUCCUGCUAUCCCUAUUCCUGUGUUCCUUAUAUAAAAUGGCAAGAUUCUGAGGGACUUCCUCAACCAACCGGACAGAAAUGUAUGCUAUGUAAGAGAGAUCUUUCAUUCACACCAGAAGGCCCUGUAUACCAGCCGGCCGUAUCACCACCUGUUGCUGUUCUUCCAUGUGGCCACACCUUUCAUGACCGUUGCUUGCAACUUAUCACUCCCGAAGACCAAUCUAAGAAUCCCCCAUGCAUUCCUUGCGCCAUUGGCGAGACGUAGUGUUCCUUUACCCUCUUUUUUGCAAUUUCCUCAAAACAGUUUUUUAAUCUAAAUUUCUGCAACAUUUAUCAAAGGAAGAGAGGAAGAAAAGGAAAGAAAGAAAAAUGAAAGUUCUUUUAGAGGAAUUGCAGAUAGUAUGUAAAAUUCAGAAAACUGUACAUACAAGAAAUGAGGGCACAUAGAUGGUCCCAAAAGAUGGUGAGUAGCCAGGGCCUCUGAAGGUGGGGCAUAUAAUAACUGUAACCACCCUUUUUGUCAAUACAUUAAUUUUAGCUAACUGGGGAAGCAUAUUAACCUCUUUUUUUGUUUUAAUGAUUCAAG